GCCGCCUCUUCCUCUCAGACGCUUUUCAAAAAUCCUCCUCUAAAUAUUCAGUUGACCACCAGACGGGAAUCGCGGCAGAUUUGGGAUUGUCACGGCAAACAUUUUUUCCUUUGAGCACACUGCGUUUCCCGUAUGUUUUUUAACAGAUAAUUUGGCUUAUCUAACAAGUCUGCGAAGCUCAUGGUACAUAAAAUAUGAAGCGGCAGGAAAGUUUGUAGAGUUUAUUCCCUGUCCCGAAGACUGUUUUGAAAGGGGGCGCGAGUAGCCUAUCCUCGGAUUAAGUCAAACCCUCGUGGGGCAGGGAGCUGUCCUAUGGGAUGGACGAGUCUCAGCAAGACCUGUAUGAGGAGCGCCUGAAGGAGCUCUUCCACAGCUUCGAUGGCAGUGGCGCCGGCUCGCUCACGCCUGAGGAGCUUGCCGACCUGUGCCAGGCCCUGCAACUGCAGGACGCCGAGCCCGUCCUACUGGAAACCUUGGUGUACACCCAGGACCAGGUCACUGGACGGGUGGAUUUUGAACAGUUCAAGAACGCACUGAUUUUGGUGCUGUCUGCUGCUGGUCCUGCUGGGCAUUCAGGGAUGGAGAGCGAAGAAACGAUGGACAGGACAGCAGUGAUGACAACAACGGAGGCCGUAUCAGCACCAGUCCCUCCCCUGUCCUUACCUAUGUUGUCCUCCUCCGCGUUCCCUGCUCUCCUCCGCCCCUCCGCAGGCUCCCCGGAGGUGCAGGCCAAGUUUGUGAGGGGCUCCAAGCGCUACGGCCGGCGCUCCAUCCCAGAGUUCACAGAUAGCUUCGGGCACCUGGAGGCCGAUUGUGGAUUCGACUGUGGGCCGCCGCUGGGCCAGGUCAGGGGAGCAGCUGAGGCCCAGGGGAAGGCACCUGCAGCAGGGGAAGAUGGGGAGGCGGAGGCAGAUCAUGGAGUUGAUAAUCAAGGGAACAGCAAACUCAAAGUACAUCGGAAACUUGAGCGCUGGUAUGCUGAUGCAAGUGGCUCUGAAGAAUACGAGGCAGAGGGCCAGCUGCAGCUGUGGAACCCAGAUGAGCCGACCACCCCGAGCAGGAAGCUGUGCGUGGCCAUCUCGGAGCGUCAGGAGGAGAGGCUGCGGACGGCCUGUGAAGACCUGGGACUGCCCUGGGACCAGCCGGCCACGCAGGAGCAGCUGCUCCACCUCUGCCAACACCUGGGCCUGGAGCUGAGUGAGGAGCUGCUGCCUUCGCUGGAUGUGGCCGGGGAAGUUAGUGUGUUGGACUUCAUGCGUUGCGUCAUGGGCCAGAGCCAGAGCCAGCCCCCAACCCCUUCCUCCUCCACCCCCUACCGCCAGCUCAAACGCCACCACUCCUUGCAGCCAUUUGAUGAGUCAGGUCGCAGGACGAGCGUAGUGCAGAGCACCAUAGGCCUGCGCCUCUUCUCCACGCUGGACGACGGCACGGGCCACACGGCGGCAGAGGAGCUGGUGGACGCCUGGAUGGACGAGGGCAUCGACAACAGCAUCGAGAUCCUGGCGGCCUUGGAGUUCAGUCUGGACGGGCGGGUGAAUCUGAGUGAGCUUACCCUGGCCCUGGAGAACGAGCUGCUGAUGACCAAAAACAGUGUCCACCGGGCGGCGCUAGCGAGCUUCAAAGCUGAGAUCCGCCAUCUCCUUGAGCGCGUUGACCUGGAGCUGCGUGAGAAGGAGAGGAUCCGCUCGGACCUGGAGAAGGCGGAGAAGCUGAAGACCCAGCUGGCCUCCGAGGUGGACGAGCACCACUCCGCCAUCGAGCGCCACAACGAGCUUAACCUGCGUAAGCUGGAGCAGGAGCACCGGGAGAAGCUGUGUGCCCUCCGCUCGGAGCUGACGCGCGAGAUGGACCGUCUGCAGCAGCAGGCCGGGCAGCAGCGCGAGGAGCUGGAGGCAGAGAUCACCAAGAUCCGCGAGGAUGAGACCUUCAUGAGGGAGCACCUCACCAUCACAGUCAAAGAAAAUGGGCGCCUUGAGAAAGAUCUGCUGGACAGCAGCCAGAGACUCCUGGAGGCCGAGAACCAAGCCAGCAAGCUGCAGAAGAACCUGGACGACAUCCUCAAAGAAAAGUUUGGAGAUCUUGAUCCGGCCAGUGCUGAGCUCUUCUUGCAAGAGGAUCGUCUGAGACAGCUUCGCAACAGCUAUGAGCUGAAGUGCAGAGAGCUGCAGGAUCGUAUAGAUGAGCUGCAGGUUCAGUUGGAAGAGUUCCAGGUUGUUGGCCGAGCGCCCCAGCCAUCCUCUCUGCUCUCUCUGGCUGAGGAGUUUGAGAGCAAGAGCCCCGGCACAGACUCUGACCAGGGUCUUGGGCCAGAGGAGGGUCAGCCAUUCAACAUGUCUCUGGAGACGGAGAUGAUUCUGGAACAGCUGAAGGAGCAGCACUUCAAGGACAUGAAAAACAUUCAGACGCAGGUGAAUGAGUAUCAGCAGCUCCUGCAGGAGCAGCAGCGGGUGCAGGAGGAGGCGCAGGAGGAGCUGAGGAGCACCCUCUCGGUGCAGCACCAGGAGGAGGUGCACAGCCUCAGGGAUGAACUCGACCAGCUGCUCAUGCGCGCAGAGAAGCUCCAGGGCCAUCUGGAUGAGGUAAAGGAAGAGCGACUGACCUUGGAGGAGAACCACAUAGAGGAGCAGGAGGCGCUGGAAAGGCGACAUAAAGACGCGAUGGCAUCCCUGCAACAACAACUGCAGGAAGCCUUGACGCAGGCCGAUGAGCUGCAGGACCAGCUGAAUGUGGUGGAGGCACGGCAUGCAGAGGCUAGGAAGGAGCUUGAAAGCAACCUCACCACCAAGAUCCAUGAACUGGAGCAGCAACAAGAGAAUAGGCUUCAUACAAGUUUGGAGGAGGAGAGACGACAGCUCCUAGAACAGUUGGAGGAGCAGGAGAGUGAAAUGUUUAAGAAGUGGCAACAGGAGAAGGAGCUGUUUAGAAAGAGCCACGAGAUGGUGCUAGCUUCCCAGCUGCAGGCAGCAAGGGAGGUAUUUGAGGAAGAGAGCAAGGAGCUUCAGAGGAGACUAACGGCUAACUGGGAAGAAGAGAAAGGCCGGCUCGAGGAGCUGCAUAAGGAGGCACUUGAGACUCUGUUGGCGGAGGAAAGGGUGACCCUCCAUAAGCAACAAGAGCAGAGAGAGACUGCACUUAGGCAGCAGUGGGACGAGGAGAUAGCUCUUUUAGAGAAGCACCAUGAGGACUCCCUCCAGGACAGUCUGGCUAGAGAGAGGGAAAGACUCAAGGCAAAGGAGGAAGAGAUUGAGACAAGACUGUCUGAGGAGUUUGAGAGGGAGAGGGCUCAACUCGAAGAACAGCAUGACCGCGAUCUGCAGGACACUUUAGAGGAGGAAAGAUUCAAACACCGCCAGGUGAAGGAAGAGGCGGAAAGGAUGUGGCAGGAGAUACUAGAGGAGGAGAAAACCCGUCUGGAAGAGAGCCACCGAGAGGCAUUGCAGGAACUUAGUACCAAACACAGUGAGGAGCGGGAGAGACACAGCAGCCUGCUGGACAAGCUCAAGGAGGACAUUGCUGUAGAAAGGAGGGAACUGCAGAGCCACUUCUCCCAAAGAAUCAAUGAAGUGGAGGCUCGAUUCUCAGGUGAUCAGGAGGCUGUCUCGGACCGCAUUCAAGCAGACAUUCAUAACCUUGAGCAGCACUACCAAAGUGAACUUCAGGCGCUCUCUAAGCUUCAAGCAGAGGAAAAGAAUAAAUGGGAGUCAGACCUGGAAGCUGCGAGCAAAGAUGCGGAAAUGCAGCAGAAAGCCAUCAAGGAAGCAUUCCAACUGGAAAAUAAGUUUCUUGUCGAGAAGCUUGCCAAAGAACAUGAAGAUCUUGAAGCGUUUUACAAGGAAGACAUGGAGGCCAUGAGAGUAAAGAAUGAAGAGCUUGAAAAGGAACUGGAAUACUUCAUUAGUGUGGCCCAAAGCAAAGAGAUUGAGCUGAGCCGACAACUGAAUGAACUGCACGAUCGACUGCAGGAGAACCUUGAUUCCAAAGAUGCCCUCCUCAGCCAAUCGGACAAAAAGAUUAUCGAGAUGGAGUUGCUUUUCAGACAUGCAAAGAGUGAUUUUGAGCAGCAGCGCAUAGACCUGGAGGCCAGCCUCUCUGACCUGGAGUCACGCCACAUCGAGGCACUCAACCUGGCAGAAAAGCAACUCGAGGAGAAUAGGCAGCUUCUGGAAGAAAGGGAUGGACUCAAGGCCAAGGUCCUGAAAGCGGAGCAGCUGCUUAGGCUGGCCGCCAUAAACGUUGACAUUGAGAGUUUGGAGCUGCAGUGCUCCCUGACAGAGCUGCAGGGAAAACUGAAGCAAGCCCAAACUGGGCCCUUCUGCAGCGAGCAGGCAGAGGCACGGCAAACAAAUCUUGACCAAUGUUCCAGAAUUACUGGGAAGUGGUCGAAACUGAAAGUUGAUGAAGUAUGGGGUGCCUCUGAUGAUAUUGUUUUUUUCAAAUUGCGUCAAGAUUCUCAAGGUUUUAAAUAUAUAGAGGAAGAAGUAUUGCGGGAUCUUGCUGUGCCGAUUCCAGAAGAGACUUCUGAAGAAUUGGCCCUAGAAAGUUGUGCCGAUGAAUUGCACACCUCUGAUGAGGGGAAAGAAGACAGAAAUAAGGCCAAUGACGCUCUACAAGCUCACCUCUCCGAGACUGGUGCAAAUGCAUGUGAGAAAAAAGAUGCAGAGAUUGUGAAAUAUACCUCUGCUGUAGUCUGCUGUACGGAAGAGGAAGAUCCUAAAACUGGUCAUGAAGCGGUACCAAAGGAAGAGCUAGAACAAGAUGACAUGGAAAGGAUUUCUGAAUAUGAACAUAGCGGUCUUAUGGGUGUAGAGGCCCAUGGUGUAGAAACUGAUGAGAUAUGUGAUGCGGCUAUUAACACUGAACAUUCCCACCUUUCAGAAGACAUUAUUGUAGAGGCCCAUGGGAAUGGAGAUGAACUCAACGCUGUAGAUGGACAGAUCAAAGUUGAUGAAGUAGAUGAGGAUGUAUUUGACACUACAGGAGAGGUUGCAAAUGCACAAAGAGAACUAAAUAAUUACACAAAAUCAGAUGCUCCCAAGGCUGAAGUUGAAGAUGUUAAUAGGGUUGCUUUAGAUGCAGAAGUUGUGGUCACAAUGCCUAGACACACAAAAGUGGGUGAUUCGUGCACAGAAAAUGUUGAGGAUUCAAGGGCAGUGCCUAGAGGCAUGGGUGGGGAUUUUGAGGGCAUCAGGGUUGAUGAAGUUGUGGGAAUAGACAUAACAGGCACAUGCAUAAAUGUUCACGAUGAGGCAUGUUCUGCUAUCACUGGGGGAGAUAUUGCCAGCACAGAGGUAAUUGUAGGGAGAGUAGAAAAUGUUGAUGUAACACACAAAGGUUUUGGGAAAGGAGACAAUGAAAAUCACACUUUUACGGUAGAGACUGAAGAAGUUGAAAUGAUCACAUUAGAAACAGAAUUUGAGGACAUGUCUAUCGAACUUGUAGAUGAGGAAUUGGCCGAUACUGAGAUACAGGCCUUGGACACUGAUGCAAUUACCAUAAAUGCAGAAAGACUGGCCGAGAAGGUCACAGCAAUCUGGAAUGUAGGAGGACGUGUUGGGCUAGAUGAUGCGGAAGACAUUGAGCUUGCUACAGAGGAGGAACCAUGUAUUGAUAAGGCAAAUGAGGAUGCCCUCGUGAAGAGGAUUAAGGAGCUAGAAUCGGAGGUGGAGAGCAUGGCAAGUCUCAAGGAGGAUUGUGCAUUGACCGUGAGGGAACGCGAUGCAUGUGUGAAAGAAUUGCUGAAAUUGCAAGACCGUUUAGGGCAGUUUUAUGAUCAGAGUCAUCUCCUUAGCAACCUAAGGGCACAAUGCCAGGUUGCCACUGAUGACAACAGCUCUUUAAAGCAACAUGUCAUCCAGCUCCAGCAGAGAAUUGAUGAGCUGGAGGUCACCUUGGAAGGUAAUCGUGCUGAUCUCGCUACUGGACAAGGUGUUCUCGGUGCAAGUUGUGACUUACAGCUUGAACUGUCCACCAUGAUUGAACAGGCUAAAGAGCUUGAGAUCAAGGCACUGGAGCUCACAGAUUUGCAGAUUCGGUACGAGAAGUGCGUUUGUGAAAACGUUCGACUGGCUAGCCGCAACGAGAAACUGGAGACCAGGAUGAUCAGCUUGGAGAGCAAGAUGCACAUCAUUCAGGACCUCCAUGGCCAGCACUCUGCUCUCUUGGACGAGAUUGAGCGAAUGCGAGAGGAGAAUUCCAAUCUGAGCUCUCUGGUUCAUACGCUGGUGAAGCAAAAUGAUUCUAAGUCUUUGGAGAAUGAGCUCCGUGUCCUGCUGCAGGGACACACGGCUUCCUCUGGGAGCUCAUCUGAUUCCAACAAUUUGGAAUUGAGCCCUCAAAUGGAGGCCGUUGCCGACCUGGAAGAGUGCUGCUCAGAGUUUGAGAGGCAGAAUUCCAAGCUGCGGAGAGCACUUUCUGACCUGCAGGACAGGUCCUUCCAGAUACGGGGUCGGAUGCAGGUCCAGAGGAGUAAAGCAGGGCGCCUAGCCGAAGAGAAUGUGGUAUUAAGGCGCAAAAUCUCAUCCAUAAAAGAAGAAGAAAAUCGAGAGGACAUGCUCUUAAAACUAGAUCAGUUCAGGAAGGAGAAGGUUUCUGCUCAAAAGGUGGCCGAUUCACUAAAAAAUCAGAUCUCUGAGCUGCGUGCCCAAAGUCAGCAGCUGGAGCAGGAGAACAGGGCGCUGUCGCAGACCAACAGCCAGAACGUGGCGGAUGUGGAGGAGCUGAGCGUGCAGCUGCGGGAGCUGAUCCAGCAGAGCGAGAGGAGGGAAGCUGGACACCAGCACAGUGCCAUGUCCCCCAGUGAACGCAACGAGAUGGUGGCGUGUGUGAGCUCCCUGGAGGAGGAGUUGAAGAAGGUCCAGAAGGAAAGUGCUGUUCUACAGCAAGAGAAGGCGUCGCUGUCUCAGCAGCUUUCCUCCUUGCAUGGCCAGCUGAAUGAGGGAGGAGAUGAUGCCCGUACAGGCUCCAAAACUCAGAGACUGGAGGAGGAGAAGGCACUACUCAAGGAAGAGUUGGCUUGCUGUGUAGAAAAGGUGGCUAAGCUGGGCACAGUGGAAGAGCGGCUCAGCCAGCUGCAGCAGGAGAGGCAGGCUGCAGACAAGCAAGUUCAGACUCUCCGCAGCCAGCUCUCCAAAGCACAAGAGAAGCACCUGGCCCUGGAGAGCACCCUUCAGAUGAUGAACCUGCAGACCAGUCGCCUCAAGUCUGACCUGAGGGUCACCCAGCAGGAGAGGGACUCCCUCAAGCAGGACGUGCUCUCACUGCACCAGAAGCUCCAGAAUGCCAACGACAAGGUGCAGCUCCUGGAGGUGAGUCUGGCGGCGAGUGGUUUCCCGUCGCCUCAGCGUCAGCUGCUGAGCGGGGAGCUGCGGCGGCUCCUGGAGCAGGACCAGACACUGCUGCUGAACGAGAAGGAACGCCUGCAGAGGGAGCUGCAGCACACCAAGACCGAGCUGCACAAGACGCGCGACAAGAGUCGUCAGCUGGAGGCGAGCGUGGUGAGCUUGAAGCAGCGUCAGCAACAGAGUCAGGUGGGGCUGCUGAAGGUGGUGGAGCAGGAGAAGGCCUCGCUCAGGAGGGAGCUGGAUGCCCUGCGCAACCAGCUGCUCAUCUCCACCACCAACAAGAAGGCGUGUGACCACAGUGAUGAGCAUCGGCAGCUGGACACGCUGCGGCAGGAGAACGCAGCGCUGAAGACCAGACAGAGCCACCUAGAGGCACAGCUGUUUGAGGCCCUACAGGUUCAGCUGGGUGGCAUUCUACCUCAGUCUCCAGUGCGGUUGCCAGGGGAACGCAGAGGUCAGCACCGCGGUGAUGACCAUGGCCCCGACUUCAAUAUCCAGGACGAGCAAGAACGUAAGAUGCUGAAGAUGGAGGACAGGAUGAGGGAGGUGGAGCUGAUGCUGAAGAACGUGAAGAUGCUGCUACAGACCAAAGUCUCUCAGCUCAAAGACCAGUUGCACAAGAACAACAAGGCUGACGACGCGAUCAAGGACCUGUGCAGGGAGAACGCCCAGCUGAUGGCAGCACUGCAGCAGAGCGAGCAGCGUCACAAGAUGGCCGACAAGAAGAACUUCCUGCUGGAGGAGAAGAUCUCCAGCCUCAACAAGAUCGUCCGCGAACUCGGACCCUCCCCGCUCUCGCCCAUUCCCUACACGUUCACCCCCCGCUCCUGACCUCCUCUCUCUUGCUAGCAGGAAGUCUAUGUGUGAAUUGAAGAAUUCCAGCCUCUAGUCUACUCGCCCGUUCCCUACUGUACAAAGUCACCCACUCCUGACCAAUCCAGACGAAGGCUGUUCCCCUAAUGUACCUAAGCGAAUGUACCUCUUGAACUCCAAAGGGGGGAAGGGUUUGGUUUGACACCACAUAAGCCCAUUGAUGGAAAAUUGAGAUCUAAUGCUACCUAACUUGCAGACGUGUCAAUCCCGACGUUAGAUAGGAAGAAAUUUUGGCCUGUUUCUCCUCUUGCCUGUGUGCUCCACACAGCUUGUUUCAUGACUUGCCUAUCUACCUAUAGUAUAUUACUAUUUCAGGACAUUAGAUGGCUCAGAUUCAGAGUAUGGUUCGUCUCUUCUUUCUGAAGUCUGGACGGACACUUGUUUACUUAUGCUGCAACGCAGCAAUCUUCUCCAAAGGUUGAAUUAAGUGGUCAAUAAUUGGACUGUACAAUUUCUAUUUGCAUUUGUAAAACUUUAUGAUGUUAUUUUCCCCAAUCCCAUGUUUUAAUGCCGUUAAGUGAAACAGGGAAUAUCCUUCCAUGAAGUUAAUUUACCAUUAUGAGCUUCCUUUAUUAAGAAACUGAAUGGUCAUGCGAACAUGUACGGUAACAAGAUGGUGGUGAGAUUACUGAGGACCAGGUG